CUCCCCCAGCUAGGUGUUUGCUCCACCUAUUGAAUCCCCCCUUCAUUCCUCAGAUACACCUGCUCCAGUAAAACAACAACGUCAAAGGUACAAGCAAAGCACGCCAGCUGCUCUGUUGUUGGCUGCACAAGCGGACAAAAAAGCCUGUUUUUACUUCCUACGCCUGAGGACCUGAGGACCCAGUGGAUUCAUUUUGUUUUUGAUGGAAAUGUACCCACAACAACUGCUAAAGUGUUGUAUGUGUGUGGUAACCAUUUUACUAUGGACUGCUUUCUCAACGAGAGCCAGUACAAAGCAGGACUCGAUGCAUUUCUGAAGAUAAAGCAUGGAUCCGUACCGACUGUCCGUGACCCAACUGAAAACAUGGGUGCUGCCAGCACAUCAAGUGCAUCCGUACAGUUUGCUGCAACAAGGGAUGUUGCAUGCCAGACUGACCCACAGGAAUCACGCACACAGUUAUCCUUGAGGACUCUACAGCCUCACUUCAGAAGUACAGGUGUCCAGGCUACUGUGUCCUGCAAGGAUUUUGGUGUUGGGACAUUCGCAGAUGAUCCUCUCUCUUCUUCAUCAAUACCUAGAAAGAGAAAAAGACUUUCAAAGAGAUCUGCUCUGGACCUGGAGGAGGAGGAAGACAACGAUGAUCCAUCAGAGGGCAGCUCUCCAGUGGCAGCUUCACAAGGGCUAGAUGCGACCAAUGACCAUGCAGACUCUGUCACAGCCUUGACAGAGUCAACAGUUUUGUUAGAAGAAGCAUCCACUCCCAGCCACAAGAUCAACAAAUACAUAGUGUAUGAGAACUGCAUUAUGGAGUUUUUUGCUGUGUGUCCUGGGGACAUUCUUGUCUGUGGAGCAGCGGUGCUCACAUUGUGAGUUCUACAGACGUUGGUAUAGCCAGCCUGUCCUCAGAAGCACUCCAGCCGGAAACCUCCACCUUUCUGCAGCUGUGUACUUGAGUGGAGCAUCUUUCUUCAAAAUUGAAAGGGUAAAUGACGAAGAACUACUUUCCCUCAGAGUCUCUGAA